UCCAAACCUCCUCACAUUUGAGCACUGACUGCAGCUUCACCAGCAGCAAUAGCUCUUCAUCUGUGAGGGACGUUUCUUAUUAAUCAGGGCUUUGGAAUGGAAGCCAAUCAGACAGAGGGUACCUUUGGCUUCAGUUUCCUAGUUGCCUAAGUUAAAAGUGAUGCAGAGAGAGAGAGGAGAGAGAAGGGGAAAGGAAGCACUGAGUACAGACAGCGACAGCACGGGAGCUAACUGUAACAGGCAGAGAAGAGAGAAGGAGGCACUCCAUCAGCUGUGGACAGCAGAGCACUGAACGAAGCUAUAGGCAUUGUCACCAGAGAUCAGGAAGAUCGUAUGAAAGAGGAAUACAAUAUUAUUUUAUCAGAAUUCUUCUGACUGGAGCAAGAAGCAUACUGAGCCUAGUCCAUAUUUGACAGAAGGCACAAAUGAUGAGAACUUGUUACUGCUUGCCAUUUCUAAUCUGGACCUGGAUGUUUCAUGAGUCACUCACUUCACCAUCACCAAAAAGGACUAGCAUGUAUUUGCAAACUGAAAGGAUAAUGGGUCUAUCGAAGAAUCAUGGAAAAGCGUUGCAUCGAACCAAGCGGGGAUGGAUGUGGAAUCAGUUUUUUUUACUGGAAGAAUACACUGGUCCAGAUACUCAGUAUGUGGGCAAGCUGCACACUGACCAAGAUAAAGGAGAUGGAAAUUUAAAAUACAUAUUAACAGGAGAUGGGGCUGGCAGUCUAUUCGUUAUAGAUGAAAAUACAGGAGAUAUUCAUGCAGCAAAAAGGCUGGACAGAGAAGAAAAGUCCCUGUAUAUACUCCGUGCCAAGGCUAUAGACAGAAAUACUGGUAGACAAGUGGAGCCAGAAUCAGAAUUUAUCAUUAAAAUCCAUGAUAUCAAUGACAACGAACCUAAAUUUACCAAGGACAUUUAUACAGCCAGUGUUCCUGAAAAAUCUGUAGUUGGCACUUCUGUUAUUCAAGUGACAGCUACAGAUGCUGAUGAUGCCAACUAUGGCAACAGUGCCAAAGUUGUAUAUAGCAUCCUCCAGGGCCAGCCAUACUUCUCAGUGGAUCCAGAAACAGGCAUCAUCAAGACUGCUUUGCCAGACAUGAGCAGAGAAAACAGAGAGCAGUACCAAGUGGUCAUCCAGGCAAAAGACAUGGGAGGCCAGAUGGGCGGAUUAUCAGGAACCACUACAGUGAACAUCACGCUGACUGACGUCAAUGACAAUCCACCUCGAUUCCCCCAGAGCACCUAUCAGUUCACCUCUCUGGAGUCUGCACUGCUUGGGACUUCACUUGGAAGAAUAAAAGCCAAUGACCCCGAUGUGGGUGAAAAUGCUGAGAUUGAGUACAGCAUUGCUGCCGGCGAUGGAUCAGACAUGUUUGAUAUCAUCACUGACAAGGACACACAGGAAGGGAUUAUAACUGUCAAAAAGCAAUUAGAUUUUGAAAAGAAGAAUCUUUAUAUCUUAAAAGUGGAAGCAGCCAAUACUCAUCCUGACCCACGUUUUUUCUACUUGGGACCAUUUAAGGACUCAGCUUUGGUUAAAGUUUAUGUAGAAGACAUAGAUGAACCACCAGUAUUUAGCAUACCUUCAAACUUAAUAGAAGUAGAUGAAGAUGCCAAGGAAGGAAGUAUCAUUGGACAAGUGAUAGCUCAAGAUCCAGAUGCUGCAAGGAACAUAAUAAAAUAUUCUUUGGAUCGUCACACUGAUUUAGACAGAAUAUUCAACAUCCAUUCAGCAAAUGGAUCCAUAUUUGUCUCAAAGACACUUGAUCGAGAAGCUGCUCCAUGGCACAACCUUACUGUCAUAGCAACAGAAAUCAGUAAUCCCAAACAAAGUACCCAAGCACCCAUCUUCAUCCGGAUUCUAGAUAUAAAUGAUCAUGCACCAGAAUUCGCCAAAUACUAUGAAACGUUUGUUUGUGAAAAUGCCAAAGCCGGACAGCUCAUACAAACCAUUAGUGCAAUGGACAAAGAUGAGCCACCUCGUGGACACAAAUUUUUUUUUGAGCUGGUGCCAGAAUACACAGUCCAUCCAAACUUCUCUGUUGUAGACAACAAAGAUAACACAGCAGGCAUCAUCACAAGAAGGAAUGGAUACAACCGCCACAAAAUGAACACCUAUCUCCUGCCAGUGAUAAUAUUUGAUAAUGACUACCCCAUCCAAAGUAGUACUGGCACACUGACUAUCAGGGUGUGUGCCUGUGACAGCCGAGGAAACAUGCAGUCAUGCAAUGCUGAAGCUCUGCUCCUUCCUGCGGGCCUCAGUACAGGUGCACUUAUUGCUAUUCUCCUCUGCAUCAUUAUUCUUCUCGUUUUAGUUGUUCUGUUUGCAGCCAUGAAGAGGCAGAGGAAGAAAGAGCCCUUGAUCAUUUCCAAGGAUGAUGUCCGAGACAAUAUUGUGACCUACAAUGAUGAAGGAGGAGGGGAGGAAGAUACCCAAGCUUUUGACAUUGGCACACUAAGAAAUCCUGAAGCCAGAGAAGAAAGUAAAAUGAGAAGAGAUGUGAUGCCAGACACUAUUUUUCAGAUAAGGAGGACUGCACCUCUGUGGGAAAACAUUGAUGUCCAAGAUUUUAUCCAUAGAAGGCUAAAGGAAAAUGAUUUGGAUCCAACUGCACCUCCCUAUGAUUCUUUAGCAACCUAUGCAUAUGAAGGGAAUGAUUCUAUAGCAAAUUCACUUAGCUCUUUGGAAUCACUUACUACAGAUGGCAGUACUCAAGAUUAUGAUUACCUCAGUGAUUGGGGACCUCGAUUUAAAAAAUUAGCAGAUAUGUAUGGUGGAGAUGAGAGUGACCAAGACUAAUAUCCCCAUCCAUUGGUUGCAUUGCAGAUAAGGAACUCUGCGACAUGAACAGCAGAUUCAUCCUUCUUUCAGAGACAGUAAUUCUGUGCAGAUACCACCAAUACAUUUCCAGAGUAUUCCUUGGGAUUGUAAAGAGUAUGAAAUGGUAGCUCUACAUGGAAGGAGCUCCAUGCUUACACUGUGGAUAGUGGAGCAUUGGACUGUGUCCAAGGAAUAGCAUUUUGUGACUUAGACAGUGUUGAUGGAAUUAAUGCCUCUGUAACUAGAUAAAAGUGGCCUACAUUCUCUUACUUGGAAAAAUACAAAAAAUAUAUAUAGGUGUUUGUCUUAGUAAGAGUUUGCUGAAUAUAUCAACGUGAAUGAAAUUGGUUAAGACCUUUUUUUAGAAAAAAGAAAACAAAACUAUACUUCACGCACUCUGCCUAAGGUGUUGGAAAGAAAGAUACCUAGAAAGGCUUUUUGUGCCUUUUGUAAUGCGUUGAAAAGUUUGACUUUUUCUAAAGGAACACUUUGCUUCACUUUUACUACUACUGUUUGGAACAAUCUUAUAAUGUACCUAUCUUAUAAUGUAAUCUGAGUACACUUUAAAAAUAAGAAUGAAUAUUACUGCCAUAUUUAUUGAGUAAAAGAAUGUC